AGAAAGAUUGUAUUAGCAUGCAUUUGGUAGUAUAGCAUCAUGACAGCCUGUGUACUUUGUUUGGGUUCCUCCGAUGCUUCCUAUGGACUGUUUUCCGAUGAAGGGAUGCGUCUCAGCAUAAGGGAGACCAUUAACAAACAUUUCCUGUUCUUUGAGCUACCCAUUGCGGAUAAUAAUUCGGAGGUGAUCUGCCGAGACUGCUGGAAAAACGUGAGCAGUUUCAAUGAGUUCCAUGAGCGAGUGUACAUUCUGCACCAGCAGCGGCAGAGCGACUCGAAAAGUAUUCCAAUCGAGUUCUGUGGCGAGACAGAGGCCAUCAACCCCCUGCUUGCGGCAGAGCUAGAUGCCCUGUCCGAGGGUUUCUUUGCCCCCAGCGCGGUUAAGGUGGAGGUGAACGAAUUGGAGCCUCUGACCAAGCUGGAGUUUCUAGAGGACCCGGUGGACACUGAUGGACACAAAACUGCUACGAAAAGGCCCAGUGGAAAUUCGGACUGGCCCACCAAUCCAAAGCGUCGGAUAAAGAAUGAGCAGGCACUUGGUAGUGAUUCAGAUGGAGACGUUCCCCUGGCGGAGUUCCUAAAUGAUUCAAACGGAUCAUCCGAAAGAAACGGAUCUAGCAAAAAGCGCCAACUGAGAAGAAGUACGCGGCGUGGCCGGAAACCUAUGCCCAAGCUCGAGUCUCCUGAACGACUGAAAAAAGAAUUGGCCUCAGAUGACGAUGAUGACAAUGACUUUGUGGCCGCAGAGGCUGUGCUGGGAACGGAAGACAGCGCCAGCUCCUCCAGUGACACCAGCGAUGAAGACUCGGACAACAGUUUGCCGGACUUUGAGCCAGAAGAGCGUUACGCUGAGAUACCCAAGCGGGUCGUAGUCAAGCCGAAGAAGUACAGAAAGCGUCCCAAGCCCUUGGUCCCACCUGUCCGCAUGAGCCGCGAGGAGAUCGAACGGCGCAAGCUCCAGCAAAAUGAGUAUGAUGAAAUUAUCAUCAAGUUCUUCAAAAAGUUGUCCUGCGAAAUAUGCAAUCUCCUGGUCCAGAACUUUGCCGACAUGCGACGGCAUCACCGCCUCUCGCACAACAUCGAAUCGGGCUACGUCAGCUGCUGCGGAAAGAAGUUUACGAUACGUAAAACAUUGGCGGAACAUGUCAUGGUUCAUCAAAACCCCGAUCAUUUUAUGUGCUCCCAAUGUGGAAAAGUAUUUCAGGACUCCCGCACCUUGGAAAUACACGAGCAAUCGCACACGAAUCCGUCCGACAGUACGGAUCCCAAGGAGAAGCGGGUUUAUCAGUGCGAAAAGUGCCCGAAAACCUUUACCACCAAGGCAGCUAUCGAAUAUCACAAUGUAUCCAAGCAUGUGGCCAAGUCCGAUUACAAAUUCACCUGCCCAGAAUGCAAUAAGAAAAUUCCCACAGAGCGCAAGCUGAAGGAGCACUUGCGCUAUAUGCAUGACCCUGAAACUGCGAUCAUGUGCGAUAAAUGUGGCAAGACAUUGCGCUCCCAAACGAAUCUCAAAAAGCAUCAUGAGCUGGAACAUUCCGACGAGCCCCGUCCCAAACCGGAGCCCGUGCAGUGCGAGAUUUGCGGCACUUGGCUGCGGCAUCUGUCCGGCCUUAAGCAGCACAUGAAUACGGUGCAUGAGCCGCCGGGGGGUGAGCACCGCUGUCACAUUUGCAACAAGACUUCAACCAACUCCAGAGCUCUCAAGCGACAUAUUUACCACAAUCAUCUCUGCGAGCGAAAGUUCAAGUGCGGAAUGUGUGAAAAGGCUUUCAAGCGACCGCAAGAUUUACGAGAGCACACCUCCACUCACACCGGAGAGGUCCUCUACACCUGUCCCAACUGUCCAAUGACGUUCUUUUCGAAUGCCAACAUGUACAAACAUCGCCAGCGCCUGCAUCGCGCCGAAUGGGAGGCAGACCGUAAGAAGCCCCUGCCCCCCAAUAUAAUGAAAAUCUCGCAGGGUGCCUCCACAGCCAUGAAGAAGCGUCAGAGCGGCGCGUCCCUGUUCCCACAAUCGGAACCAGCGCCAGCUGGUACACAGUUGCAGAAGCAAUAGCAUUUGAAUA